CGUCGACGCACGCUCGUUUUCGCGCGCUUCUCGCACUCUUCGGUAAAUGCGCAAAAAAACACACAGCAACGCAAGAAAAAAAAAGAAAAACACAAGAAAUCAAAUCGCAGCGCAAAGGCAACGUAAGGCAAACGUAACGCAAACGACUGUCUUCUGUGUAUUCAUUCCGACUUAUUAAUAGAUUUUCGCACACGGCCCAUAUUCAGAGCAUAUUCGAACCUAGAAAAAAUGGGAAAAUAAUGAUGCUGGCACAUAAUUGAUAAGGAAUAUUCAAUAGCACGUUGAACUGCUCGUUUUGUUGAUUUGAAAGAAUUUUUGCGGUCGCGCGCGCGAAUUAGUUUCAAUAUUGCGUAUACGCAUAUGCUUCGAUAUUGCGUAUACGCACGGUUAACGGUGGAAAAUAUAAAUAAAUUACAAAAAUAAAACAAAAUCAAAGUGAAGAAAACAAAAGUUAAACGGCAUAUCAAAACGCAAACAUAAAACCAAUAAACAUUUCCUAGUUUAUUUACAAUAUAUUUAUAUAAAAACGAGAAAACCCAGAGGAUUAUAUGGAUUUACACCACAACGACACUAGCACUAUUUACAAGGAAACAAGGGAACAGGAACAGAAAGCACACUAAAAGGAUAACUGACUCAGUAUCGCCUAAAAUCGGACAUUAAACGGCAAUAUAUAGAGUUAGAGAGAGAGAGAGAGAGACAGCAGCGAUGCCAGCAAGCGGGCUGCAAUCUCCACCAGGUCCCAGGGCUAGCGGCAUAUCAGGAUAAUAUCAGCAGGACCCCAGGACUUGGACAUGGCUCUGCUAUUUGUCUAGUGGGAACCAGGCCAAACUCUCUCACACACACACACACACACGCGCGAGCCAAGCGAGAGACAGCAGCACCAGCAAGGACAUUCGUCAUUGUGUGCGUCAAGGACGUUUACGACAACGUUGUGCCAUACUCACACACACACACACACGCUUAGUGACGAAAGUGGGCGGCCCAGCUCUGGGCGACACUUAUUAAAUAUACAUCAGUCAAGCGCAAGGAACCUAAUUUCCACCAGUUGUCCUUCCAUGUAAAAGAAAAUAAGACAAGACAAGGAAAAGCGCAACAAGGGACAGCCGGACACACGCAGGAAAAUGGCGCGUCGCAAGGGCAGCGGUCGAGGCAAAUCCACUGUGAAUUCAAGGAAAAGUGCUUUGGAAACGGCACGUGAAAAAUUGAAAGAUGAGCCCGCUGCGAAUACGUCACAGGUUAAUAAAUUUGAUAAUAAUAUGGAAAAUGCAAGCACCACAACGGCCAAGCAUUACAAGACCGCAGGCAAACAUUACAAGACCAAUAAAGUGAACAAUACGCGACGUGCCACAGCAGCAGCAGCAGCGGCGGCAGCAGCAGCAGCAACAGCAGUAACAGCAACAAACGUCACAUCAACAAAGAAGCAAACAUAUCGGGAAACUGCAACAGUCACCCAGAGAGCAACAAACAAAGCUAACAAACUUGCAGCAGCAGCAGCAGCAGCGACAAAUGCAACAGUAGCAGCACCAGCUCCAACGUCAACAGCCUCCAAAGCAGCAGCAGCAGCAGCAACAGAUGUUGCUACUAGCAAUAGCAAACCCAGUACAAGUACACGAGAUAAACUGAGCGAGUUGCCGCUGCCAACUGUCGUCGACAGCAGCAACCACAUCAUCAGCAACAACAAUAAUAAUAAUAAUAAUAAUACCAACAACAACAACCACCACAGUGAUAAUAGUAUUAGUGAGAAUAAUUAUGAAUUUAAGUGUAGUAAAGAUAAAGCAAAUCUAAGUGAUAGCAAAAUGACGCUACAACAAAUGGCAGCAGUCAACAGCAGCAGCAACAGCGCCACCAAUAGCAGCAAGGAGCCAGUGGCCAUCGCCACGAACAACCAUAACAUCAACAAUACGCCCGCCACCGAUGGACCCGCCCUCGGGGAUUGGUCCAGCAAUAUUCAACGGUAUCUUCACAAGAAGUUUAAGCGCUUGGCCAGCACCACAGAUGUCGAGAGCGGGAAUGCGACGGCGAACGGUGGCCACUUGACCUCCGCUGAUGCCGGUAUGCGCACCACAUCGCUGUCCUCAAAUAGCUCACUGUCACCUCCACCGCCUGCAGCGAUGGUCACCAAUGGUCACCAUUUGACCCAACAGCUACCGGCGCAGCCUCAGCCUCAGCAGCAAAAUAGACCGCCGACCGCUGCCAUCGCCACCACCACCACCACCACCACACAUGAAUUCAGUGCCAAUUUUGUAAAUAGCAAUCAUGUCAAUGCCAUUGGUCAUGAGGAGAGCAAUAGCCACAAAGCCGCGUUGAAUGCGAGAACGCGAACGCCGCUGACUAACAGCAGCAUCAGCAGCAGUAACUAUGCGGCGAAUGCCACACUGUCGCCGGCAACCUUUGCCCAGCAUCAGCAACUGACGCAGCCAACAGCGGGAGGAGCCGGGAUUGCAGGCGGAGGUGGGAUACCAGGCGGAGGCGGAGGUAGUGGAGCAGCAUUAGCAGCAGCCGGCGAGAAGGCCGGACGCUAUGUGUGUCCAUACUGCAAUCUGAUUUGUGCCAAGCCCUCGGUGCUGGAGAAGCAUAUACGGGCCCACACCAACGAACGGCCAUAUCCCUGUGACACCUGCGGCAUUGCCUUUAAGACCAAGAGCAAUCUGUACAAGCACUGUCGCUCCCGGUCGCAUGCGGCAAGAGCCAGGGGUUUGGAAGUGCCUGCGGAUGCCGACGAUGGGCUGUCCGAUCAGGAUGCUGAGCUAAGCAACAGUAGUUCGGAAUUGCCAAGUCGCGCUGGUUCGCCAUACGAUGAGCCCAUGAGUUCGCCCACACCCUCACCUUCCACGCUGUCGGCGGCCAAGAGCGCCUACAUCCAGCAGCCGCCGCCACUCCCGCAGCAUAUGCAACAAUUGCCGCUGGGCUCGCCGGCUGCUGGCACCUUGCCGCCCACAACAGCGGACAAUCUCCAUUCGGCCACUGCCCAGCAUCGUCAGUCCAUUGACUACAAGCCAUAUAAGCCCAAGUUCCACAAUGCCUCCUUGUAUGCCCCAGGCAGUAGCAAGGAGCAGCAGCAGCAGCAGCAACAGUUGCAGUUGCAACAGCAACAACAACAGCAGCAGCAGCAACACCAGCAAUUGGCCCAGCAGAAGCUAUCCAUUCAGCUGCCAUUGGUACAGCAGCAGCCAUCGCUAGCACAUCCCACGCUCUCGCCUAGCACACAGAUGAAAAUGAAGAACCACAUUAACUCGCACCAGCUUCAAAUGCAGCUGCAACACCAAUUGCAUGCCCAGCAAAGCCUUUUGGCCUCCAUGCCGCCAGUGCCACCGGCCGGAGUCUAUUACCUGGGACAGUCUCCUUAUUAUAACCAAGAUCCAACGGCGGCGGCCAUUCAUCACAAUGCACUGGUCUUCCAGCAAUUGCAACUGCAACAGAUCCACCUGGCGCAUCAGCAGCAGCAACAACAACAGCAGCAGCAGCAGCAACACUCUCCUUUGGUAAAGGCACCAACGCCAAUACAGCAGCCACCAAGUCUUCCGCCUCAACAGCUGGUGCGAGCCAACAGUCAGGUUUCCAAUGUCACACCAGCCCCUGCCACGCCCACGCCUGCUGCUGCCGCCAAUCUCAGCACUUUUGCCAGCUCCAGUGGCAGCAUGCAAGUGAAUGUGGCCAAGGUGCAGGAGCAUAUAUCCAAGUUGAUCUCACAAAACGAGGCUAUAGUGGAAAACAAGGAGAUUCUGCUGCAGAAGAAGUAUCCCAAGCAGCUGAAUCGUUCCCGUAGCUUCAACAAUGCCAACAACAGCACGAACAAUGCGGCCAAUGCGGCGGCGGCAUUGCAUGCGAACAACAACAGCAGCCACAACAUGAGUGCACAGAUGCCUGAGCGGGAGACUAAGGUGAAUUUGGCACAGGCCAUAGUCCAGAAACAGCAGCAGCAACAGCAGCAGCAGCAGCAACAACAACAGCUGCAGCAGCAACAGCAUCAACUUCAGCAGCAGCAACAGCAACUGCAGCAGCAAUCGGCGCUUGAGCAACAGCACUAUAUGUACGCACUUCAACAGCAACAGCAGCAGCAGGAGAGCCAGCUGCAGCAGCAACCACAGCAACAACUGCUAGAGCCGCCAAAUGGUUUAAUUAAGCGGAAUAGCCAUAAGCCAGCAUCAAUCCCACCGGCACCUGUCAAGCAGCAACAGCAACAGCUGCCGCCGCCACCCUCACCGCUGCCCAUGCAGACCAUGCAAUAUCGCCAGGAUCCUGCAACGCCAGUGGCUAAAAUGGACCAACCGGCCACGGGUGUGCAUGUGAUGCCUUUGAACUUGUCAGCGAAGCCAAAGCCCGCCGUGAUUACAGUGCCCGUAAGCUCAUUGUCGAACAGUUCUGUGCCAGCCACGCCCACCACUUCAGGAACUUCGUCUACUAGCUCCAAGGCGGCACCGCCAGCUGGGCAAAUUAAUAAUUCAAUCAUCAAGAACCUGCUGUUGAAUGCACGAGGCUUGGCGGUCCCAAUUGGCGAGGGAGACGAUGCCGUUUACUCGUGCCCGAUCUGUGCCAGUGAAUUCCGCAGUGCGGACGAUCUGAAGCUACACAACAGCACCUACUGCCAGGAUGCGAGCUCCAGUGCACCAAUGAGUCCAGCCUCGUCGCCCUUCCGCUCCAACUCGAUCUCGUUAAGUCUGCCGGAGCUGAAGAGUCACAUGGCCAACUCGAAGAAUCCGCUAUCACUGGCCAAGUUGGCCUGGUCGCAGCUUAAGACCAAGCGUAGCAGUCUGGUGGCGAGUCGCUUGAAUGCAGCGCAGACGCCAGCGAGAACGUCAACUGUGACAGCCACCACAGCAAGUGCUCCUGCCGCAGCUCCUACUUCCGCACCGGCACCAAUUCCCGCGCCACAACUGCCCCUUGAGAGUCUGCGCUUUGUGGAUGCACCACUGCCAUCGCCAGGUCCCCUGCUUGGCAAGACGCCUUUGGUGGAUUAUGCCCAGCAGAAUGCCCCACGCAAGGCUCAGGAUUCGGUGGUCAUAACAAAAAUGCACGAAGAUCGCCAGUUUGCCAGCUUGGAUAUAGAGGCUCCGCAUGCCAAGCGUGUGAAGACUAGCGAUCUGGCUGCCUCUACAUCCUCCUCCUCCUCCUCGCAAGGCUUCUCCUUUCCCUUUACCAACCACAAUAACAACAAUAGCCUGCCAGAGCCGCAGCCCAUCAAAGAGGAGCGCCUACGCAGGUUUACAUCGUCAGGUGGCACAAUGAUUCCCAUUUCGGAAUGCCCCGACUUGGAAAACAGUCCCAAGAUGAUACGUACACCAUUGUUAUCCGGUGGAAGCUUCCAGGAGGUGUCGGCCAAGGUAAACGAUGCAGGAUCAAGCAAGGAGCGCAAACGCAUGGCCUUGAUCAGUGGCAGUGGAUUGCUUGGCGUUAGCUCCGGUCCACAGCACUUUCAGUUUCCGCCCAUCAACUCGAUAACUGCCUUCAAUCCGCUUACAUUGCCGCCGAUGAGCGCUGGAGGCGAUAAAACCACUCCCGUAACGCCCAUUCCCUAUGUGCCAGGGAUUCCAGGGCCAGGAAGUCUGACGCCGCAAAUGCCAUUGCUGCCGCCGCCGCCACAGCAGCUGCAGUUGCCGGUUCCUUCGGGUCGUGGACGUAGCCCAAAUCGCAAGCAACCCAGUCCACUGCUAAUGGGAACAGCUGGUGAACUGAAGGCUCUGUCGCCCUUUGGCGGAGUUCAGAAUUUGCCCAGCGAAUUCAGCCGCCAGCCACCGACUCCUGCCCAACGGCAGGCGCUGCAGUGGAACAGCAAGGAGACGACUCCGAAAAAGGCCCCAUUUAACUUUCUGCGAAUGGCGGAUAACGUCAAGGCAACCACGGAACCGGAAGUGCGACACUUUAAUCUUGACAAUGUGAUUGCUGGGAAACAGCAAGAGUCAUCGCCGCUGACACCUCUCCACGUUGAGACGCCCAAUGGGGGUGCCACAGAGGAGGCGGCUGGUCAAAGUACCUCAGCCAAAUCAAAGUUCCUGCGACCCACCAGUUUGCCACUAAAGCCGGGCACAUUUACGCCAAAGCGUCAUCAUGGGAUUACGCCCACGGCCAACACUUUGCCACUAAUCUCGCCAGAGACCCCGCGUCCUUCCAAGUCCUGUGUGCAACUAUACCUUAAUGGCCAUGCCUACACCUACCUGGGUCUCAAGUGCAGCACCAAGAUGUUCUAUUGCACGGUCAACUGUCCGCAGCCCUCGUAUGUGGCAGGAAUGCACAAGCUGUCGAUGUACAGCGUGUGGCAGGUGUGCGAGGAGAACCAACCGCAUCCCCUGGGUUUCAAGCUGAAGAAGGUGAUGUCGCUGUACGAUUCCCGGCAAAGGUUGCUGGGUAAUGGCAGUUCCACCGCCAUGGCUGGUUUGGGGAAACUGAGCUACAAUGUGGUCUCCUCACAGCAAACAGUGUGCUCCACAUCCACCUUGGUCAGUGCCAGUGCCAGUGCCUUUUAUCAGAAUCAGCUUAAGACGUCGUCAUCAGCUGUCACUGUGUCGGUUUUGAGCGAGGCCAAUGUGGCGGCCAAGGCGAACGAAGAGGAGGAGGCGGCGCAGGCCAAGAAGCUGGAGACCAGUCCCUCGGGACAGCCUCUGGUUGGUGGCUACGAAUCGCACGAGGAUUACACCUAUAUCCGGGGCCGGGGACGUGGCCGAUAUGUGUGCUCAGAGUGUGGAAUCCGCUGCAAGAAGCCCUCGAUGCUGAAGAAGCACAUUCGCACCCACACCGACGUGAGGCCGUUCACCUGCAGUCACUGCAACUUUAGCUUCAAGACCAAGGGCAACCUGACCAAGCAUAUGCAGUCCAAGACCCACUUUAAGAAGUGCAUCGAACUGGGCAUUAACCCAGGACCCAUGCCAGCCGAUGGCGAGUUCCUGGAUGUGGACAUGGACUUUGAUCAGCAGUCGUCGACCUCGGCAGGAGGACGCACAUCCUCAAUGGCGGGAGAGUCUGAUUCGGAUGAUUACAGCGACAAUGAAUCGGAGAGUAGUGACACAGACGAGUCCAAGUCCCGGUUGAAGGAGCACGAGGCAGCCAGGUGCCUGCUGUCGCUAUCGAUGACGCCGCCCAUUCCACAGAGUGUGUCGCCCUAUCCCCAAAUGCUGCAGGAUACACCUCUGCCCGCCGCCAGUCCCGCGAACAGCAUCGGAUCCUCGGGCUCAUUGCCCAAGCGUUUGGUGUGCUCAUUUACCUCGCCAAAGCCACCGUUCGACUAUCAGAAGCAGGAACAGUAUUACUCUAAUCCGGAGGAGUCCAAGCCAAAGCGCAGCGUGGCCAGUGAGGAGAGCGCUCCCAUGGAUCUGACCAAGCCGCGCGGCUCCAUGUCAGCCGCGGUCUCGCCAUCGCCAAUGCCAGUGCCGCCGCCGCCCGUUCAGGAUUUGCCAAAGUCGCAGGCCCAGCAAAUGCACGAUGUGAUCUUCGGAAGCUCUGGCAAUGAGAGCGGCUUCAUGAAGACCUUGAUCUCUGUCUCGGAUAAGGUGCGCAUCUCCGCCGAAAUGGAGGAGCAGGCCAAGCACGAGGCCGAGGGAGAGGAUGUUCUGUUGCAGACCUAUAUCAAGGAGCAGGCUCUGCAUCAUGCCAAGCGGAAGCAGAGUCAGUUCAGUGGCAGCUACUUAAUCAACACUUUGUUCUCCACGGCCUCCACGGUGAUGAGUAGCAGUGGCAACCUGUUGACCACUAGUAGCCGACCCAUUAUGACCAUUAAUGAGGUGCCAAGUAUCGAAGUCCAUGAGGUAAAGACGCCAGAGGCUGUGGAUCUGCCACCCAUACCUCCUGUGGUUGCUCCACCAACUCCAACGCCUACCCUCACACCCACGCGCACACCCACUCCCGUUCCUGUGAAGACCAUCCAGGAGGAAAGUGAAGAAUCGGAUCAGGAGAAGCCUAUGGCAGAGCCACAUAAUGCCAAUCUGCCAGCUGCAGUGCAGCAGAAGGAUGCCAAUGAUUUCAGUGGAGUCCUGGGGCUUUCACAGUCUGGAGGAGCAGCCACUGUGACCACAUCUACACCUGCUUCCGUGGCCGUAUCCUCGACGAACACGACUCAGCCCACGCAGCGUACUGUGAUUGUGGGCGAGGAUGGUUUCAAGAACUCCACGCCCAGCAGCAAGAGCAGUGAUCUCCAGCAACAUGUAUCCUACGGCCGAGCAGUGCCAGUUCCAGCUCCAAUUGCCAGCGAUGUCCGGCCCACCUGCUCCAUCUGCGCUAAGACCUUCCAGCGCCAGCAUCAGUUGACCCUGCACAUGAACAUCCACUACAUGGAGCGCAAGUUCAAGUGCGAGCCAUGCAGCAUCUCCUUCCGCACGCAGGGACAUCUGCAGAAGCACGAACGUUCCGAGGCGCACAAAAACAAGGUGAUGAUGACCUCGACAUUCGGCGUUCCCACCACCUCCAAUCCACGACCCUUUGAGUGCACCGACUGCAAGAUCGCCUUCCGCAUCCACGGCCACUUGGCCAAGCAUCUGCGCUCGAAGACGCAUGUCCAGAAGCUGGAGUGUCUACAAAAGCUGCCGUUUGGCACCUAUGCCGAGAUCGAACGCGCUGGCAUUAGUCUCACCGAGAUCGAUACCAGUGACUGUGAGAACUCCUUGAUAUCUCUGAAGUUGCUGGCCCAAAAGCUUUUGGAGAAGGAUCCCAAUAAACUGAGCGGCUAUACCACACCGUCCGGCAUGAUGCAGCUGGCCCAGGAUCCGACGAAUCCUGCCUCGCAGGAUAGUGCCUCCGAAGACGGUUUUAGUGCUGCUGUGGCCAUAGCCUCGGCCAUUGCUUCCUUGGACAAUGACAGUGCCGGCAAUACACCGAAGCGGGCCAGCUCAAUGUCCGAAGACGAAACUGUGGCCAAUGGCCUGAAUCACAACCUGAAGCGCCGUUUGCCCGGCAGUUUCAGUAGCACGGGUGAGGAGAGCGAUAAUCCAACCGAGGGCAAUGGCGGCGAGAAGCGUGCUCGUUCCAGCCAGGAUCUACCGGUUGCUGUUCCCGUUGCUGCUUCAGCAGCGGCGGCUAGCAACUGACAGUACAUGUACAUGCUGCAACCCAGCUGAGGGUAUCAGUAUCAUCCGGCGGUCUACCAUCUGGACACCAGCUACAAUCGCAGGAGCGAGGGUCGCCCUGACCAAACCACCAGCACCUCCAACGAGCGCAUAUCAAAUGUCUAAGCAUAUCGCAUUUGGGCACAACACACACACACACACACACAACUAACUCUAGAGCUAGCCUAUAAGCACCCACCUCUCGGAUCGUAAUCGAGCGAUAGGAGAGCCAGAUAAGCGAGUCAGCUAUUCCAGUGUAAACACUCUGAAGAGGGGAAUUACCCAGAAAGAAUAAGUUCCCUUCGCUUCGAUCUGUGUCUCUUAAGUAUUUAGUUAAAGGAAUCGCAAGUCAGUUUGGCGGUUCCAACCCGAAUAUGUAUAAGCCAACCCCAACCAACAAGCACAUGCAGAUCUAUAUAUAUAUAUUAUAUACAUGUAACCGUAACUUGUUUUCGAAAAUGCAUGUAAAUGCAAAAAACUCCUGAAGUGCUGUGAGUCUAUCUACAAAAUGUGAACAAGAGAGCUGGAAAGAGCGAUAGAAGUGUAUAAUUUAUAAGGCCUAGCCCUGAAAUGAAUCGAAAAUGAACUCGAAAUUGCAACGAGUACAUUAUUGGUUUAUUUUCAAGCCCAAAUCCAAAUCCACAUCCUAUCUACAAAAUGUGAACAAAGUCAGCGAGAGAAUUGUAUAAUUUUUAAGGCCUAGCCCUGAAAUGAAACUAAAAUGAACCCAAAAUGAAUCCGAAAAUGAACUCAAAAUUGGUUUAUUUUCAAGCCCAAAUCCAAAUCAAAAUCCACAUCCUCUGCAAAUCACGUAGUUCUUCCUUAUUAUUUCAAAUUGUUAUUACGAACAACUGAAAGCGGUGAAUGAUGUAUAAUGUAUGAUGUACAAUGUACGAUGUACGAUGUGUAUGCGCCCCUAGUUUUGUUUUAAUUUUUGAAAACGACGAGACCACGAGACUCUUUUCAAUUGUUUUUGUUUUGAUUUUGUAUUUUUUUGGCAGAAGAGAAACGAAAUGAUGAUGAAGAAAUAUAUAGCUAACUGUAAAUAAUCAAUAUGUUGUCAUAUAUGCAUUAAGCGGUAGGUUAGGUAAAAAAGUAAAACAAAAAAAACUACACAAAGUUGAUAGAUAUAAAUGAAAAUUAUUGUACAAAACUGCUACGGCAUGAGCCGCAGCAAACGUCUAUCUACACAUAUAGAUAUAUAUAUCUAUAUACUAUAUAUAUUUGAAGGUAUAUGUAUGCGAAAAUGAAGUGAUCUAUUACAUUAUUGUAAAAUAUAUCAAAAAACUGAAAAAAAAACAACACAAAACAAAAAUGAAAGAAAACUUAUACAAAAAAAUGACAAAAAAUAAAGAAAUCAA